AUCGAGCCUGAGGCGUCGGCAACGGUGCCAUUAGCUAUUGCACCUUGGCUUCUUCGCGGAAGCGAAAGCAGCGCCGACUGCCGGUUAUACAUGAUCGUGGAUAAAAGGCGACCUCCCUGUUCCCCCAGAAUUUCAAAUUCUUGAUUGCUUUUUCGGAGACUCAUGACCUGUGCCCAGUGAUCGUUUGCAAUCCAGUGUUUCAGGAGAACUCUUUGUUUUUCUGAGAACAGGAUCUCCACAUCUCUGAUCUUCCAGAGACAAGAGGGUAUCAUAAAAUGGUUGCCCUGAAAGCCUUAGCCUUCGGGCUUUUCCUCUCUCGGGUGCUUGCUGUGCCAACACCUGUGGAAAGCAGUACCUCGCCCUCAGAUACUCCGCCUACUGCGUCUCCCUCCACCCCAGAGGCCCAGGCCCAACUCGAACAGCUGUCGUCUAUCGCGUACAAUGUGAGCAAGUCGAAUCUUGAAACUGGCUCGCAGACGAAACGCAGCGGGGGCUGCAGCUUGUCAAAUCUCAGAGUGCGUCGUGAAUGGUCCACAUUUACGGCAAGGCAGAGGAAGAGUUAUAUCGAUGCUGUCCUUUGUCUGCAGAGCUUGCCCGCCAGGACGCCAUCCAGCAUUGCCGCGGGAGCAAAGACUCGCUAUGACGAUUUCGUCGCUGUCCAUAUCCAGCAGACCUUGACCAUCCACUAUACCGGCACAUUCCUUGCGUGGCACAGGUAUUUCACCUGGCAAUACGAGCAGGCUCUUCGCAAUGAGUGCUCCUACACUGGCGCCUUCCCGUACUGGGAUUGGCCGCUUUCAGCAGUAAUUGGCCUGGAAAACCAUCCCCUUUUCGACGGCAGCGACACGUCCAUGUCUGGUAAUGGGGAGCCGAUCCCCAACAAGGGUGAUAUUUUUCUUCAUCUCGGAGAUCUACCCUCAAUCCGGCUGCCUUCGGGCACUGGUGGCGGAUGUGUCACUAGCGGUCCAUUCAAGAACUUCAAAGUGAACCUUGGCCCCGCUGCGCUCGUCCUCCCAGGCGACAGAACCGAAGCGGUUGCUAACCCACUGGACUACAACCCCCGCUGCUUGAAACGUGACCUCACAGAUGCCAUAGUUCGAAAGUUUGCCAACGCUACCGCUGUUGUGGAUUUGAUCCUCCGCAGGAAAACUAUUGAAAGUUUCCAGAUGAACAUGCAAGGUAUUCCUGGGAGCGGUUCCAUCGGUGUUCAUGGCGGCGGUCACUACGCCAUGGGUGGCGAUCCGGGCCGCGAUGUCUUUGUCUCACCCGGUGAUCCAGCCUUUUUCUUUCACCAUGCGAUGAUAGAUCGCGUGUGGUGGAUCUGGCAGAAUUUGGAUCUGAAGAAUCGUCAGAAUGCGAUCCACGGGACAGGCACAUUCUUGAACGAUCCCCCGUCCCCUGACACGACACUCGACACGAUGGUUGAUCUGGGGUAUGCGGGUGGCCCGAUGCUUCCAAUGCGCGACCUGAUGAGUACGAUAAAUGGGCCCUUCUGCUAUGUGUAUUUGUAAGAAUACGACAGAAUUGGAACAGGAGAGCACUUACAUGGAUGCAUAUUGUGCAUGGAAGAUAUAAUCCGUUUUGUAAAUAGUAUGCAGGAAUAAUAUGAAGAACAACACACAUACCUUAUCUGAGAAGGUGAUAAUAUGAUAUGACGCCGCUAACGGCUCGAAAA